AUGCCUAAUCCUUUAGACUUCGACUUUAUUUCGCCCGCUGAUAAGCUGGAAAUGAAAGGAAAAAAUUGGCAUAUAGAAAACCCGCGAGCAGUUAUGCUGCUGGUUUACGGUUAUGGCGAACACUGUGGUCGUUACCAUCAUGCUGCUGACUUUUUUAAUCAACAGCAGUUAGCCUUUAUUUCAUUUGAUAUUCAUGGUCACGGACUGUCCAGCGGUGAACUUGAUUAUACACGGCAUGUGAAUGAUUUAUUUGAUGAUCUUGAAUAUAUGGUUGAAAAAAUUCAUCAUGCAUUCCAUCCUGAUGUACCAUUAAUAAUUUAUGGUCAUGUAACAGGAUCGGCUCUCUGCUUCGUUCAUCUUAUUCGUCGUCCACAACCAGGUUCACAAGCAAUGAUCUUAUAA